ACGACCUCCAGAAACAAGACGGCUUCGACUCCUCGACUGGCUCCCCUUCGGAUUAUCGGGCAGUUCGCAGUCAACGACCAACAGUGCUGACCAUGAGGUGCGCAACUUCGUGUUGUUCGCCUGCUUGGUCAGCUUCGUGCUGCUCAUGUCCUUUUUCGCCGUGCCGAACCGAUCGAAAGCCAAGAACGCCACUCAAGCUGCGAUGCAGCUGUCGGCGCCUGGUUACGAUCCCAGAGUAGCGCAGGGCAGCGUCUCCUCACAAACCGAACAACGCGCCACGCUUCCGAGAAAUGUGCUACCCGUUCACUACGACUUAGAACUGAAUGUCAGCGAUAUCGAGGCGGGGGGCAAUUACCGGGGCAGAGUGAACGUGGUUAUCGACUGCGUCGAGAAAGGCUCCACCACCAUUACAGCCCAUGCCGUGAACGUUACCGUUCGAGAGGCCAACAUCAGCACUUACUCUGGCAACCAGAAGAUUAGCAACGUGGUUAUCCAUCAGCGCUCGUCGCAGCCCGAUCUCAUCGACACGGUUGUGUUUGAUCUGGGUUUUGAGUUAGUUCAAGGCACCGUGUACAACCUCACGGCCACUUUCACCGGGACUUAUCGCGCGGACAAUGCGGGUCUCGUUGUCAGAAAUUACACCGGACAAGGUGGUAAGAUGACUAAGGUCAUGACGGCUCACUUGUGGAACGGACACGCCAGGUACGCCUUUCCCUGUUUCGAUGACUUGUCUCUGAAGGCCACUUUCAACUUGUCUCUCAUGCGCGACAAAGACUUUGAAGCCAUUUCUACUUGGGAGUUAAAGAACACCACAGUGAUGGAGGGAAACAGACGUAUGGACAGCUUCGAAAUGUCGGUGCCUAUCUCGCCGUCCCAAGUUGUGUUCGGUGUGUUCAUAGGGCUUGAUAUGAUAAAUGAAGGUUACUCGAAGUUGUUCGCCAUUCGUUACGACUUGCCUUACCUCGACAUGGCUCUCAAGUCCUUCGUAAAGAUGUUCGACUACAUGGGUGUAUUGCUGAAAGUGCCCUUGCCGUUUCGAAAAAUUAACAUAAUCGCCAUUCCCGAUGCAAAAGAAAGCAUCUCUCCAAACUGGGGACUGGUGAUUCUCGGCGCUCCCACCGUAGCUUACGACGAGGAAUCACUGAAUACGCAAAGGCGAGAGUCUAUCCUCAUGAAGCUCGCUCACGUAGUUGCGCACCAGUGGUUUGGAAAUCUUGUCUCUGCACGCCAAUGGGACGACGUCUGGCUCUUUGAAGGACUCGCUUUCGUGUUCCAACGGAUGAUGCUUCGCGAUGUGUUCCAGGCCAAGGUGUCCGACAGCCAUUUUGCCAGAAGGGUCGCCGAUGUGUUACGCGCAGAGGACAUGAAAAAGAGACUAUCCAGGCCUCCCAGAUGGCUACCUGGUAUCUGCGACCAUCCGCUCUUGCUGAGAUCAGAAAUGAUCAUGGACGUCAUUUUGCAAAGUUUAACAAUUGAAGAGUUCGUCAAGUCGGCUGCUGCUUUCCUCCAUAGGACUCGUUACAGAGCAGCCAGUGUGAAGGACUUGCUGCUCGCCUUCCGACUUCAGAACGGUUCUUCAGAUGUCGCGGACAAGAUGGAGACGUGGAUUAACAACAUCGGCUAUCCCCUCGUCACAGUUAAGAAGUACGCUCACCGGCCUGGUUUCAAGAGACUGUCACAAGUGUCAGUAUGUUACGGCGGCGUCAAGUGUUUUAACCAAUCAUGGCAGCUGCCACUGCACUACGUCGUCUACAAGCGUUCGGGCGAAAUCACUGAAGGCAGUCUGUGGUUGCUCCAGUCUGAACUCAACUUCUUCCUUAAUGCUACCGAUGAAGACAUUGUCCUCUUCAACAAGAAAGGGCUGGGAUACUACAGGGUCAAUUAUGAACAAGAUGAGUGGGCUUCGAUCAUCAGAGCACUCCACAACGCUACACUGUUCGACUCUGGCACAAAACUUCGCCUUCUCGAUGACAUCUUCAAGCUUGCUGACGCGGGAGUGACGCCGUACUCCAACUUCUUUGCAGCCGCCCUGCACAUCAAAAGUGAGAAGGACCAAAACGUGUGGACUGCAUAUGGGGACAUUGCUUCGUAUCUGGACUCGAUGCUUCUUCAAAGCGAGUUCCAAGAUUCGUGGCGCUCUUACAACCACAGACUGCUCGAAGGCAUCGUGGGCGACAUUAUGAAAGGCAAGGACAGCCCUUAUCCGAAAGUGUUUCAGAGGCAGAUCAUGGAACGAGCAUGCUGGUACGCGGAACCUCAGUGUCUUCAGUUAGCGCGAGAUGUACUGAACGGUUAUAUGACUGGCCAGAGGAAAACUGUGAUUGGAUCUCCGCUGCCCGACGGGAAGCUCCUAUGUGCCGCCAUAUUGCACGGCUCUGCCGAACUGUGGGACAUGCUGUGGUCCAAGCUGUUCUCCGCUGCCAGCCUGGAACACGCGGCGGUUCCACUGGACGCCGUGCUCCACGGGCUAAGCUGCACCACAGAUCGCCACCGAUUAUGGAAGCUUCUAAAUGAGACGACGGUAUCGUCUCUGCUUAAAGAUCACCGUAGCUUCGUGAUGCACAACGCAGCGGCUUCCAAGAUGUCUAGCGAGGUGAUGAUGGAGUUCCUCCUGUCCAAGUGGCAAGAGGCAGGGAACAACACUGCUGGCAUCGACAAGAACGUGCGCGACGUUCUGUUCCGAAUGGUCUCUCGCAAUGCCAAAACGACGCACGAAGUCAGUCUCCUCACAGCCGCCUUGGCGACUACGUCGAACAACCGGCUGUUGUCGGAAGCAUUCACGCUUGCUGUUGAACAGCGUAAGCAUUACACAUCCUGGCACAGAGACCAUGAUUCAGAGCUCGUGAAAGCAUUCGCUGCCUAGGACACUACUGU